CUGCGACGCUUUUCGUGGAGUAUUUUGCGGCAUUUGUGGCCAACAUCGGUAUGAGGUGAGGUUCGCUCGCGUGUGGCAUGUACAGUAAUGAGCAGUAGCAGUCUUCGUGUUUCGAAUAGUCUGAGCAACUUCCCACGUUGUAAUCCGCAUCCUUUUACACGCAAUUCGUAUCGCCGCGCCGUCGACAUGUCGGCACUUGCCGCGGAGAAUAAAACGGAGUAUGAGGAAAAGGAGCAGCACACGAGCGAGACAGAAACAUCCUCUGCCACUUCAGCAAAGUCAGAGACAAGUAAGGAUAUAAAUGUAGAGAGCUCUCAAAGUAGGAAACACAAGCGGUCGCCAGAUCGCGAACGCCCGUCCAAAGUAGCAAAGCACGAUGCUGAAGAAGAUGCCUCAUCUGCUAGUACAAACGUUCCCUCAGAUUUAACAACAUCCGGAAGUAACGAAAAAAAUAAGGACACAACUGAUGCAAACAGAAGUCUUGACAAUACAGUUUUGGUAGCCGAUCAUUACAAUGCGCUCGAAGAAAAGGGCCUCUCACAGAGAAAUCAAAGUCGCAUUGUAUAUAUGAGGAAUUUUAACAACUGGAUUAAAAGCAUGCUUAUAAAUGAAUACGUAGUCAAAGUAAGACAAGGCAAAAGUUUCGGCACUUCGCUUAAAGUUCUGGACAUGUGCUGUGGUAAGGGUGGAGACCUUCUCAAGUGGAAAAAAGCAAAUAUUUCACAUUUGAUCUGCGCGGAUAUAGCGCAAGUGUCACUUGAACAGUGUCAACAACGGUACAAUGACAUGGUGAAUAAGAAAGGUUCCAAGGACAGAGGUUUUGCUCCCAUUUUCAGCGCGGAGUUUAUAACAGCUGAUUGUACAAAGGUUCGUUUGAGGGAGAAGUUCGCGGAUCCCAGCAUACAGUUGGAUUUCGUUAGCUGCCAGUUCGCUUUCCACUACAGCUUUGAAUCUCUAUCACAGGCGGAAUGCAUGAUUCGGAACGCCAGUGAGAGUCUCAAGCCCGGUGGUUAUUUCAUCGGAACCAUUCCAGAUGCUUAUGAUUUAGUUUCUAGGUGGCAAAAUUGCGACGGUCAUAAGUUCGGCAACGACGUGUACAACGUUGAAUUUUUAAGUGAGGACAAAACUAAACCGCCGUUCUUCGGCGCAAAGUACAAUUUUCAUCUGGAUGGUGUGGUCGAUUGCCCGGAAUUCCUGGUGCAUCUACCUACUUUGUGCAAGUUGGCUCUGAAAUACGGUCUCGAAUUAGUGGCGUUUGAAAGGUUCGAAGAUUUCUAUGAGCGUUUCAAAAACGAGGGUAGAUCUCUUUUAGGAAAUAUGCAGGCACUAGAAACUUAUCCGCCGUAUCAUGAAGCACCUCUGCUUGGUGAUCCAGAGCGAGAUUAUCAUCAUGCUGUUGAAUAUAUGCAGAAUCUGCCAGCGAAUCAUCGUAAAAUUGGCACUCUUUCGCAAUCGGAAUGGGAAGUUACUUCAUUGUAUGCAGUAUUUUCGUUUCGAAAAAUGAAAACGAUUUGGAAUAGCGAAGGAAAGCCGGAGUAUAUCAAGUUAUAAAGUUUCGUAAGAUAAAGAAAAACAUGAAAACUGAAGCAAGGAACGAUUUACUGAUGUUGCUGAUUUUAUAUUGUACAAACAAUUUUAUUUGUUACUGUAAUGUAACUUAUGGUAGGACGAUAUCAACCGUGUGAUAUCAGUAGAACUGUAGCUGCGUUUAUAGAGCUGACAAUCAUGUAAAAAGUGCUAAAAAAGC